AUGAAGAAGCCACAAAUAAAAGAGGUAAAACCAACAAGGACAGCUCUACAAAUGGCAGAUAGAUCACUAAAAAAUGCACAAGGAGUAGCUGAGAACAUUUUGUUUAAGGUGAAAAAGUUUUUCCUCCCAACUGACUUUGUAAUCCUUGACAUGGAGGAGGAUGAGAAUGCUUCUAUUAUUCUAGGAAGAUCAUUCCUAACUACUAGAAGAGCUCUUAUUGAUGUAGAAAAGGGAGAACUCAUGUUAAGGGUGUAUAAUGAGCAAUUAGUCUUUAAUGUCUUUAAGAUCAUGCACCAUUCAAAUGACACAGAGAGAUAUAUAAAGAUUGACUCAAUUGAUACAAGUCUCCAAGAAGUCCCUAAUGAAAUGUCUCUGAAAAUUCCAAUUUCAUACUUGAAGAGAAGAGGAGAAGUGGCAGUGGUACUACCGAUGGAAGACACAACUAUCAAAGAAGAGAAAAGGGAUAGGCCACCACCUCUACCCCCAACCCCAAAUAUCAAGACUACUUCUCUAGGAACCAACAAAAUCCCUAUUGAGGUUAAGCGUGCAUCAUCAAGUAAGAAGGAAGGAAAGACUAUGAAGAAGACCAAAGGGUGA